AGCCAGCAGGAAGGCAUCUGGUACCUGGGGCCCCUGCUGGAGCCCGAGAGCAGGAGAGCUCUGGGGCCUGGCUCCCUCACUGAGGCCUUGAUUUAGUCCCUUCCAAGGAGGGGAGAAAGCAGGAGCCGGGCGUGUGUUCCCUGAUCGCUGCUGGCUGCUGGUGGUUUCUGGUCCGGUGCGCCUCCCACCUCUCGAUCUGAACUGGGUGCAGUGGCUCCGGGGCAAGAUCUGAAAGAUAGCUCUCAGGUUGCACACGGGUACAUGCAGACCGCAGAGGCACCUGCACCGACUUUGCAUUCUUGGACAAGGUGCGGCGUGGCCUGGGACGCUGUCGUAGGCUCAGCUGAGGACGAUGACGCCUGUGAGCGAUGGAGGAACGUCAGAGAGCAUCUUCGACAUGGAUUACACGUCCUGGAAGAUCCGCUCCACGCUGGCGGUUGCUGGCUUCGUCUUCUACCUGGGCGUCUUUGUGGUCUGCCACCAGCUGUCGUCCUCCCUCAAUGCCACGUACCGCUCUCUGGUGGCCAGAGAGAAGGUCUUCUGGAACCUGGCGGCCACGCGCGCCGUGUUUGGUGUUCAGAGCACUGCUGCGGGUCUGUGGGCCCUGCUGGCGGACCCCGUGCUGCAAGCCGACAAGGCGCGUGGGCAGCGGAACUGGUGCUGGUUCCACAUCGCCACGGCGACUGGAUUCUUUUUCUUUGAAAACGUAGCGGUGCACCUGUCCAACGCGCUCUUCCGCACGUUCGACUUGUUCUUGGUUGUCCACCAUCUCUUUGCCUUUCUUGGCUUUCUUGGCUCGGUGGUCAACCUGGACGCUGGCCACUAUCUGGCCAUGACCACACUGCUCCUGGAGGCCAGCACCCCCUUCACCUGCAUUUCCUGGAUGCUCUUGAAGGCCGGCUGGUCCGACUCCCUGUUCUGGAAGCUGAACCAGUGGCUGAUGAUUCACAUGUUCCACUGCCGCAUGGUGCUGACCUACCACAUGUGGUGGGUGUGCUUCUGGCACUGGGACGGGCUGCUCCGCAGCCUCUACCCGCCGCACCUGGUGCUCUUCCUCGUCGGACUGAGCCUCCUCACACUCGUCAUCAAUCCCUACUGGACCCACAAGAAGACGCAGCAGCUGCUCCAUCCGGUGGAUUGGAACUUCGCGCAGCCGGCGCCCAGAAGCAGCCGGCCCGCCGGGGCCAACGGCCAGGUGCCGCCGAAGAAGGGGCAGUAGCCGCUGGGGCCCGGACUGCAGCGCGCAGCGGCUCCUGCCUGGGCUCCGCCGGCGUCCCCUGCACAGGCUCACGUAGACACGGGCUCCAUGUCUAGCGCUCUUUCCAACUCAGACCAGCUGUGGCGGUUGUGUUAAUUUCCACGUAACCACAAAGUGUUUCUAAAGCCUUGGUUUGUCUCUGGGGGUGGAUUUUUGCCGUCAUAACUCUGUUGUGUGUUAGGGUUUGUUCCUGCACGCCUACCUGUGUGGGGCCCUGAUCAGCACCAAGGAGGGGAUUGGUGGUGGAGGCUGGGCCACCUGUCCGGGAGGAGGGGAGUGUCCUGUCCGGAAGUGCCUGACGUGGCGCUGUGGCCACCAGCAUGGUCUUUCUGGUCACACGGUCAACGUGUCGUGUGUCCUCUCCGGUCGUGGUGUCCUGCUGAGUUGGAGAGAACUGCCCAAGCUGGAAGGGUGUCCCGUUCGUGCCCCUCAUUAGAGUGUCCUGUAUGAAGCCUGGAGCCCGCUGCACAGUGGUGUGUCCAUUGGGUGGCGAGGGCACGUGGAGACCGUGGGCAAGAGCCACUGCCUGGGACCAGACCCAGCCUGACUGGAGCAUGCACGACAGCGAGGCCUGUGAGGCUGGUAGGUCAGGGGAUAUGUAGGAAAAUAAGAAGUACGUAUUCAUACUCUAUGGCUCACUGAGCAAAAUAAGGGAGAUGUUUGGUAAUCGGAUCUGUCUGGACUGUAGAACCAUUUUGAAUAGACUGAGUUGCCAGUGGACUUCCCAUCCAGACCCUUGUUCCAUGGCUGGUGUUUCUGUGGGUGUCAGGGCCGGGCAGCAGUCGCUUUGCCCUGCACACCGUGGGGCCAGACGGCAGGAUCCGUGGUCCCGGCUCGCUCUGCAGCAGCCCUUGCUGGGCGCUUGGCGGUGCAUCCAAGGUGGUCGCUUUCGCCACGCCGUGCCCAGUGGAAGUCACAGCAGCCUGACACGUGUGCCAGAAGACCCGGGCACCCCCACUUCCGAAAUCUCACUGUGGCCUCUCCGCCUUUACCAGAGACCUGCGUCCCCGCAGCACUGCCUCCUUCUGGGAAGGGAGGGCCCCCAGUGGGUUUCUGUCAGGCAGCAAAAACAGGCACAGAGUAGGUCUGCAAAGUGUUGCAGUGCAAACUUUAGGAAAGUGGGGGUCAUUUCAGCUCACAACAUGUGGGCUGCGGGGGAGACCUGCACACACCUUUUAUUCUGGCCAUGACCGUGCAAUAAAAUUUAAGUUUAUUUUUUACCAAAAGCCCCUUUGACGUGUUUGCAAACAACACGUGUUUAUUGGUCGUGGAAACACCUGACCUGCGCUCAUCCUGGGACACAGAGCUUGCAGUAUGUGUCCUCAGUGCUGCUGCUGCGACUUACAGAUUGUGCUUAGGUCAAGAUGUGCAAUACCUAUUUAUUUCCUUGUAGGAAGUGACUUAGUUCUCAAUUCCCAGCACGCUGCGUCCCUGCAAGGACUGCUAAUGGAAGACUUCCUGGCUCCCUGCUGCCCACGGUCACACCCAGUCUCGUGGAACAGACAUGGCUGGUGUUUUCUGCUGGGACAGAAAUAUAAUAAAGUAACUUAUGUUUAUGGACCCAAA